AUGCAUUACAUUCGACUGCUGCGUGCUCCAAGAAUGCAGGUCGACGAGGGGGGCAUGCAAGCAGAGCUAGUAUUCACAAUCACGACUGACCUGGGGGAGUCAUUUCUGUGCCCGGAAAAGGCUAUUGACCUGGUGGUUACGGCACAUGUCACCUCAGUGUCGGAGAACUCAUCAUGCCUUCUUACCAGGAGGGGGGCCCUGCAGUGGAAGGCUGGUAGACGGGUGUGUAAACCUGUUUUUGAGUUUCCUCCCAUGAUUCAGCAGGCUUUCAUAAAUGGAGACUCUGUUGAGCUGUGUAUCAGCCCCGACUCGGACCUGUCGGGCGAUGAGGUUGAGAGCAUUCUCAAUUCGUCCAUUAAACGCGCCAAAAAGCACGCGAAUGGCCUCAUUGUGCCUGUUUGGGUCGGCAUGAGCGGCCCCGAGGUGGAUUUCGACGUGUCCACUCGCCGUAUUCGCCUGACGGCUCCGACCGAGCCAGCACAGUUUCUCGAGAUCGAGGAGGAGAUUGGUGAAAGCAUCGCCCGCCACAUUUGGGAUGCGGGCGUCGUCUCGCUCUGUGCCGUUGUCGGCGCCUACAAGUUCCCCAAGCUCGAAACUAGCCAACAUCCCUGCAUGAAGAAGCUUCUCAGCAUCCUCAACAACAAGGACGGCGUCAGCGUUCUUGAGCUGGGCUGCGGUGUGGGAAUUCUUGGCAUUGGUCUCUGCGCCGUCUAUCCCAGAGACACGGGGGAAUGCACAAUCUUGAUGACGGACGUGGGGGAAGCAGAAGGCAGAGUGCGCAAUAACAUUGGGCUCCUGCAGCAGCUUCGCUCUGGUUCGGAUCUCGGCUAUGCACAAGUCAUGUAUCAGAACCUCGACUGGAACGAGGCCAAGGACGGAAGCUUUCGAGGACAGAUUCAGUACCGGCGCUGGGAUCUCAUCAUGCUGAGCGACUGUACGUACAACGUCGACAUGCUCCCUGCCCUCGUCGGCACCUUGUCAGCCAUUCACCACGCGAACCUGCAAUUCACUGCCGAUGAUGAGACGUUUUCAACAAAAGUAUUCGUUGCGACAAAGCCACGCCACCCGUCGGAGCGGUCUUUUUUCGACCUUAUGGCUGCAGACGGUUGGACCAGGGAAGAGAAACAAGUCCUGUCGCUUCCUGUCCUGAGUGGGGAAUGCGAAUCGGUAGAAAUGUACCUUUUCGAAAAGGCAAAGGCAUAA